CUCACCCCCUGCACACUGUCGCCCUCGACGUCGAGGCCCACGAAAGGUCCCCAGCUGAGGGAUGGCGAACCCAUCGACCUUGAUACGCUUCCCCUCGGUCGCGACGCGAGUGUCUGAUGCUGGCGCAUCGUCCUCGACCGGGGCGUCCGUGACAACAGUAACAGUACACUCGACAGCAUCGAACAGCCCCUUCAGCACCAGCAAUGACAGCCUGCACAGGAUCUCAACGAUUAUGCCCGCGUUCCUCAUCGGCUUCGUGUGCUUCCUCGCGAUCUUUCUCGCGUGCGGCAUGUACCACUCGCGCCGCCGCCGCCGCCUGCUGCUCAUGCAGAGCUUCGCUUUCCCGAAUGAGAUCGCACCCUCGGACUUGCGUGAGAUCAGGAGCAUGUCGCGGAAAAAGAAGAAGCGCCUCGUGAAGCCCGAGCUGUUUGAGGUCGAGGUCCAGGGGACGCAGUGGGAUACGGACCUUGAGGCUUUACUUCCUGUCGCAGCUGAGCUGCCACGAGGAUCUGGUUCAUCACGACCGACAUCACUAGUAGUAGUUCCACAGGAACGAAGUCGGAGGCCAUGGUACAUUCCGACAUUUUUAUUUACUCACCGGCCCCAGCCCCCGACGCCAACAAACCUUCCGGGAGAGAAUACGCAAGUAAUGCAGCAAGCGCAGCUAGCUUUCUUGCUAUCUAUGCCCGCGCCGCAUCUCGUGCCUGGACAGCCUGCCCCAGAGCUGGUCCUUGGCACGACGCGGGUCUCGUACCGCGGCGAGCCGGAUGGUGACGACGAGGCGGAGGACCUGCUGAGGAAGAUCGACUGGACCGCGUAGCAUGCGGCGUCUGGACGGCGGUGGAGAAAAGAGGCUUGUACUGCGUUUUUAAGCCCUAGCGUCAUGCAGUGACGGGUGUAUCAUAGAGGUUGGUUAGUGCGGCCCUCCGAGAGGGCCGCUGUAAUGUCUGGACACUGCGUCUACUGUAGCCAUACUAUACCAUUGUAAUUAUCUGUGCUAUUAGAAACCAACUCAAACCUCUUCGUUUUCGACCGUUAGACAUACUUAUAUAUAUC